GCAGUCCGCCGGAAGUACGUUGAUUCGGAGUCCGACGUUGAUUACGAGAAGGGUGCCGCGCCGCCGCGAUGAAGCGCACCGUACCGCGAAGCACCCUGAAGAGCUUGGUGAAGAAGCACAAGCCCCACCUCCGUUUGGGUGGCAACACCGACCUGUUGGUACAUUUGAACUUCUUACUGUUCCUGUUUCGGUUAGCAGAAGAAACCAGGGCUAAGGCUGUCGAAGAAAAGAGUAAAAUAAUUAAAUAUGAACAUGUUCUGUCUUCAGCAAAGAUAAUUUUAAAGAAGAGUCGAGGCUAAAGGAAAGAGGAGUUCUUAAUUCGCCAAUUUAUUUCUGAGUUCUAUACUUAUAUUUACAGGACUUUAUAUAUGAUGAAAUUCAGAUCUUAGUGACUUGUACUUUAAUAUUUUUUGCAUUAAAUAAUUCUUAGAAAUAAAUCUCAGAGUUCAUUCUGUAGUCUUUGAUGAAAUAAUAAUCAACACCAGUGACUGAAUUGCAGUUUAAUAUUGAAUAGAAAAUAUUGCCUCUUUUUAUAAUGUUUAUAUAAGGUGCCUUGUCUGAGAACUUUAAAUGUAACCUUAACUGUGUCAUUAUGUAUUCCUACAAACCUUUAAAAACAAAAACUUUAUUAGCCAGAGGAUAUUUGUAAUGUGCAUGUUUUCUACCAUUUAUACCUUUUUAAACUUCUGAUGUUAAAUCACAUCACAAAUAAAUAACCUUUCAGCUAAAGAAAUAUUUGAUUUUGGAGCCUUGUAGUGGGGGGCAGACUUUUAAAACACAAAAGUGUGAACAAAAUGUAAAAAUAUUUCAAAUAUUACCAUUUGUAGUAAUAAAGCUAUUCAAGACUGCUUUCUUCACA